UUUCCUCUACAGACAGGAAGUGACGUAUUUUCUACCCGCAUUCUCGCGCUCCUUGUCUGUUGUACGGCUGCAGGGAGCGAGGUAAGUGUCACCCGGGGGGGGGGGUGAUAACGUGGAGGUAGUUACCGGGGUGAUAACGGAGGGAGUUACCGGGGUGAUAACGGGAUGGAGCUACCGGGGUGGAUAACGGAGGUAGCGUCAAUGGGUGAUAACGGGAGGGAGUUACCGGGGGGGUGAUAACGUGGAGGUAGUUACCGGAUAACGUGGAGGGAGUUACUGGGUGAUAACGUGGAGGGUAGUUACUGGGAUAACGUGGAGGGAGUUACCGGGGGGGUGUGAUAACGUGGAGGUAGUUACUGGGGUGGAUAACGUGGAGGGAGAGUUACAAGUGAUAACGUGGAGGUAGAAGCUACUGGGGUGAUAACGGAGGGAGUUACCGGGGUGGAUAACGUGGAGGGAGCCACAAGGAUAACGUGGAGGUAGUUACUGGGGUGAUAACGUGGAGGGAGUUACAAGGGAUAACGUGGAGGAAGUCAUCAAAGACAACGGAGGGAGUCACCGGGGUGAUAACGUGAUAGUAGCGCCAAUGGGUGGAUAACGUGUGACUUGUGUCAAUCAAGGAUAACGCGGAUGCUGUUUUCAACGGGGGCGGGCGACUUAACGGAGGUAUUACCGCAAAGCGAUCGACGCGGAGGUAGCUACUGGGGGUGAUAACGUGGAGGCAGCUACCGGGGGUGAUAACGCGGAGGCAGUUACCUGGCGGUGGGGGUGAUAACGCGGAGAAAGCUACCGGGGUGAUAACGUGGAGGGGUAGUUACCGGGGUGAUAAACGUGGAGCAGCUACUGGGUGGAUAACGCGGAGGCAGUUACCGGCGGGGUGGAUAACGUGGAGGCAGUUACGGGGGGGUGAUAACGCGGAGGCAGUUACCGGGGGUGAUAACGUGGAGGCAGCUACCGGGGGUGGAUAACGCGGAGGCAGUUACCGGCGGCGGGGGUUUAUUUAACGCGGAGGCAGUUACCGGCGGGGUUGAUUUAACGUGGAGGUAGUUACCGGGGGUGAUAAUAUGGAGGCAGUUACCCGGCGGUAAGAUGAUCACAGAAGGCACUGGGUGUAUGAUGUUAAGCAGCAAUAGAAUAUAUAUAUAUUAGGUCUGUAUAUUACAGGGAACACAGCGCAAUAACAGAUGCAACAUGCGCUUUCAGCACAAGAAAUAGGGAUCAGGUAGCCUAAUGACGGCAAACCAGGGAGAGCAUUCUAAAGAUGUGUGCAGGACAGUGACAUUGUGGAGAAACGGUUGUACAUACGAUAUAUAUAACAUAUACAGCACGGAUGGGAGGCCAUGUCUCUGGGCAUAUAUUGUAAAACUUCGAUAAGCUGUGCGUCACAAGGCGAAAAAUGCCUGCUGUGUCUGAAUAGGAGAUAAAAUGCAAACAAUAUGCAGGGAUUGCUCAAACAAUAAAACUCUGAAUACCAACGUUUGUAGUAAAUGAGGAAACUGAUGUUUUAUCUCUCAUGCAGCGUGAUAUUGUCUGUACAAGAUGGCUGACAGUGAUGAUGAGUACGAUAGGAGGCGACGUGACAAGUUCAGGAGGGAGCGAAGUGAUUACGACCGAUCACGUGAGAGGGAAGAAAGGAGAAGGGACGAUUGGAGUGACAGGUGAGAGCCGAGUACUUACAAAAUCUAUACAAGCCUAUGGACAUGCCGGUCAUGCAGCCAUUAACUACUGUUCUCUCCCUUGUUCUGGCUUUUUAUGCACACUUUGUUUAAUCUCUUGAGUAGAUGUGAAGAAUAUACUACAUAUCCCAUAAAUCCAUGCAGAUACGGUUGCCUUGAGGAUUAGCAGCAGUAGCCUAAAAACAGCAAUGUCUCUUGAGCUUUUCAUAAAUCUAAAAUCUGCUUUUUCUUUAUGUAGCGGAGAUACAAUAUUCCCCAUGUUAUCUCCACUUAUGAUCGCAGUGAGGCUCAGGAACAAGUAAAUUAUAAAUCCACAGGCAAAGUUUCCAACAGGCAAAAUAAUCCAAUAGUAUCCCCACAGCAAUCCCAAUGACUGGACGACACACAGCAUCAGGAGCAGAACUGACAACCUUUAUUCCACAGUGCCUUUUAUAUAGCAUGCGCCCAUGCAAGGGAGGGAUUUUCAUCAAUUAGUACAGUGCCCAAUCCGACAAUAGUAACCUCCCACACAUCUCCUCCCCUCAGCCUGCAUCAUAAUCCCCUUAUACUGUACCCAAAUUCCCCCAGUUCCUGGAUGUACCCCUAAACCUAGGGGUACCCCUUUAAAUGGCACAUCCCCUGGUAGCCCUGAUCUGGGUGAGCAACAUAUCCAAAAAUCACCCAGAUCGGACCAGGGGUUCGGGAAAUUUAUGGAGGUACUAAAAAGACCGACCGCGCUGGAUAAAACAGCCGAAUGGGGUUCCAUGCGAUGGGGCCCUGCGGUCGGUCCCAGUACAAGGGAAUAAGUUACACGAACGGCUAAGGCUACAGAGACCAGGUAGGGUUCACAUGAAUCCCCUCGUUCGGUUGUUUCUGUCUACCAAACGAGGGGCUGUUCGGUAGUUUGGAACCGAACGGACCGGGCUUGUGGAGGUCUCAGCGGGGUUCGCCUAGUCGAGUGUCCGAUCUGGGUUCCAGACACUCGACGGCAAAACACCGCUGUUCGGGAAUUUUAAAAUGGCUGCCACCACGUAUUAGUUUCCCGAAUGGCGGCCACCCCGAGACAAAGGACCUACUGCAUAGCUUGUUAAUUACCCGUUCGCAACGGGUAAUUGGAGGCACACUUCACACAGGGGAGGUCUGAUUGUUCGGUAGUUUUAUUCCCUUAGUUUAUUCGAAUGAUUCUACCGAACAAUCAGAUGAAUACACUUUAGUUAAACACAUAUAAAACCAGCAGUUUAUACGAAUGCAGUGAACACAUGAAAUUUUCAGGACAGCCCAGUGCCAUCCGCUACACUUUAAUUUCCAAUUUAAUCAGAAUUAAGUAUUUGAGAAAGGAGGGCUGCAAUACCUAAAAGGUCACUUCCUGAAGUGUACUCUUAAUAUAAAUAUAUAUUUUUUUUUUCCAACAUAUAGUGGCGGUAAUUGUAUAUAUUCUUGGGGCAUACAGUCUGUAAAAUAAAUACAUCUAAAUAGUCCCUCCUCCUUCCCUUUUACCUGCUAAAAGCCCAGGAACAUCAGUAUUCAUUCUUGUCCCAUUCGGGACGGACAUCUUACUGUUCGCUCCAAGUCUGGUGAGGCGCACGGGUUGCAGCUUGGGGGACCUGGCCGAUGGCUGUCUCGGUGGUGAUCUGAGAGCCCGGCUCCGAAAAAGGUUACAGAGCAAAUAAUCCAGCAGCAUGUUAUACCAAGAGACAUUCCCUGGUGGUUCGCCAAUAUCGAUGCAAGCCUUGCGUUCCACCAAAGUUCCGAAUGUGCUACUGCAUGUUAGCAAUUCGUAACUUGGAAAAUUUGGCGCAAUUCACAUUUGGUGCCUAUAAAUGCUGUGCAGACUCUCAGGGCAAGCGUGGAAGGUGUGCUUGGAGGGUCUACCAUGUCACCAACGCCCCCACACUGUUCAGAGGCCUUUAAGGUUUCUGUUUCAUCUAUAUUUCAUAUGGAAUUAUGGCUUAAGGUAAUUAAUUUUUGCAGAUGUCUAGCCCAGCAUCUCCCAAGGAUUUAGAAAAGGAGAGAAUGACAGACACACCCGUAACAUACAUUUUUCAGUAGCGGUGCUGCUGUAAAGACCAAAAUAUAUGCAAAAUACUGAUUAAACACCGCUUCCUAGCUGGACCAGGGGACAAACCGCAGCACUUCCUGCCCUCAGUCACCAUAGCUUGACUGGGGCCUUACAAGGACUUUCCCCGUUGAAUCCCCUGCAAGCUGGAACAGCAGACACAGAGCAAAUCUUCUUUCCCUCCAAUAACUGGACAACACACGUUUUGGAGUGUAAGCAGGAAUCUCUAGUUUAAUGGGACACACUGGCCUUUUAUACAAUUUUUCCAACAAGGUUGACGCCCAGGUGGACCUUGUGGGGCACAGGAUACAAAACAUCCAAGUCAAUAAAAACAGUGUAACAAUGAACGACACUCCCACAUACAUUACACAGUCCCUCCCCUCUGCCUGUGAUACAAUUAAGGUAGAUAAUACAAUAACCUAAGUAUCCACAGGCAGGAAAAAACACAUGUUCCCCAAAGUCCAGAAAACACCCCAUAACAUAUCCCCAUAAAUAUUACAUCCCCUGAAAUAACAUAUCCAAAAAUCACCCAGAUCAGAGCAGAGGUUCAGGAAAUUCCUGGAAGUCUCUUUUGACCGACUGCACGCAUGAUUUCAUGCCCAAAACAGUUCCAGAGUAUUAGGCUGUGCAGCCAGUCUAUUUCGGUAGUUUGUAAACGAACAAACUACCGAACAGUGUCAAUAGUCUUACCAUGGAGCUUGUUUCUUUCAUCCAGACGAAUGAUCUCACCGAAAAGUGCCCUUGUAAGCCGAAUAGAAAUGAAUGCAGGCGAUGAUGGAAGUUCAGCGGUGUUCGGGAGUUUCUGUAUCCGAUUUCAGUUCCAUGAGAUUCAUGCCCAAACACCGCUGCCUGCGUUCAUUCGAACAAGAUGGCUGACACCUCGUGGUUGUUCAUAGGAAUCAAAGCCACCCAGACGUACAAUUAGAACACUGCGGUGAGAAACGUUCCAAGUUGUUAAUAGACGUUAACAAGCUCCAGGGUGGUCUCUGUUCGUGCAGUUGUUUGGUAAACUAACCAUAUAGUCCCAAUUGCACGACAGAAUAAACAGAGCCUGUUUAAAGUAUAUUAACUAAUUCUGUUCCAGGGGCCAUAGUCACAGGGUAAAAGGCUGGCAAAGUAGUCCCCUCCAAGAACUCGUGGCAAACUCACUUGAAAAGGGGAGUUUGUCACACAUCUCCCCUCUCCCGGGGAGACUAUCCAGACCUCCAAUCGGUCUGGGGCUCUGAUAGUCUGUUGGCCUUUGCCAAAAGGCGUAGUUUUCCAGAUGGCCUCCUGCCACCAGUGCCCAUUUGUAGAUCUAGUGUCCAGCGUGUUAAUGACCUGGAUGCCCAUCCCCUUGGUUGGACAAAGUUGUUGCUGGGGGCGACGGGUGCAGUCUCCCUCCUCCGUGCCUGGUGGGUAGAGGCCAGCAGCGCUCUGCCCCGGAGCCAGCGGUUCUGCUGGGUUGGUUGGUGGGUCGUCGGGCCCCAGAACAAAGGGGUAAGUAGGACAAAGGCCAGCUGCGCUCUGCCCAGAUGCCAGCUCUUCUGCUGGGAAGAGGUCAGUAGAGGCCGUAGUUCCGUCUCCUGCACUUGGGCCCUGCUUGGGAAUGGGCAGUUUGGGAUCUGAGUAGACUGCCCAGCAUCCCUGUAGGGCUGGUGCAGAAUUCUUGGUCCCAUCUGCACCAUCCUUGCUAGGGGGCCUGUCUCUGGGCGACAGCCCCAGCCGCUGAGUGAGUCAGACCGUCUCCACUUCCAGUAACACACACUGCCGCUGGGGAGAGAGAACGACCAUCUGCUUACCCAAUAACACAUGCUGCCGCUGGGGAGGAAGGAGGACACACUUCUCUCCCUGUGAUGCACACUGCCGCUGGGGAGUGAGACCGGUUGUCUCCACUCCCUGUAAUUCACUCUGCCGCUGGGGAGAGAGACCGGCUGUCCCUUCUCCCAAUAACACACUCUGCCGCUACAGAGGAAGGAUGACACACUUCUCUCCCCGUGAUGUACUCUGCCGCUGGGGAGUAAGAACAGUCGUCUCUACUCCCUGUAACACACUCGGAUUCUGGGGAGCGUGCCCGACUGUCUCUACUCCCUGUAACUCUGCCGCUGGGGAGAGAGACCGACCAUCUCCACUCCCAAUAACACCUAUGGCUGCUGGAGAUGGAGGACGACACUCCUCUCCCUGAGUUGCAUGCUGCCGCUGGGGAGUGAGACCGGUUGUCUCCCCUCCCUGUAACACACACUGCCGCUGGGAAGGAGGGACGAAACUCAAUGCUCCCAGUGGUAUACAGUUCAUAAGCCUCAUCAUGUCAGAGACAGGUGGUGUUACUCAGUUAAAUAGGCAAGCAUAGUCCUGCUCGAGCUCCCGCUCUAGGUUAGCCAGUCAAGUCAGAUCCGGUUGCAUUUCCGCUAUCGCCCAAGCUGUCUUCCCGCUCAUCUCGAAUGUACCAGAAGCGGGAACUAUCCGGGUUUCUGAAUGCCCAUACCAUUAUCAAACUCCUCCCAUAGUAGACCAGGGCCAUUGUAGUCCUCCCCCGGGAAGCCUUUGUGCUCAACCAACAACGGGUAGAUGCCAACCACAUGAAACUGCAAGGUGCGGUAUGUAUCGCUGUAUUUUUCCCUUCGGCUCCAGGAGGGAGGUGGCGGUUCCAGGGCCCCAGUCAAGCAACGGCGACUGAGGGCAAGAAAUGCUGCGGUUUGUCUCCUGGUCCAGCUAGGAAGCGGUCCUUUGGCGGAGGUACCCAGUCAUGGUGCCAGGUGAUCCGUUACAGUAACUAUAACUAGCCUGGUCAAAUUUCUAACAGUGUGUAUAAGUGCGCUGUUCUAUAAUCUCUCUUGCAGAAAAGCAUUAAAUCCAGAAACAAUGAGACUUUAAUGUCUUGGUAGACACUAGUGGCUAUGUGACUCAAGGACAUGAGAAUGAAUACAGCUUAGUGUCCCUUUAAUACAGGUGUUGGCUUUAGGUUACCAUCUGCAAAAUGUGUUGGCUGCAGGAGCUGCCAAUUUUAUAUUGUCCAUAUAGAGGAACUCUGAAACAUUUAUAUAUCCAUCUUUUAAUGUUUGGAAUAUAGGAAUGUACAUUGUUCCCACAUCUGGUGGCUGUUUGUGUAUUUAUAAAACUCGAGCCUGAUUCACACAGGGUUGGUCACAAACGUGAAAAUUUUAAGUAAAUUUCAAACUUAAGGUCAAAGUAGCUGAACUGGAAGCAUAGCUGACUUAGAAAAUGUUUCCAGUUUGGGCUAUUUUAACCUUGAAUUUUGAAAUUUACUUUAAUAAAUAACCCCGACAGAGCUUGCUGUAAUAGCAGAUCCGCCCGUUUUAAAUGCAAGAGCUAAGGUUUGUCAGCCAGUGCCCACUUCAGCAACUCCGGGAGCACUUGUAUGCACAAUGUGGUUUAUAUAAUGUGUAGAUACUGUGCCAGUGCUCCUCGGCUUAGAACAUGGGACACACAGCUUGAACGUCUAUUGAUUCAGCACGACUGUUUUUUGUUAAUCCAUCUGCAGUUGUUUGAAGACGCUAGUCAAUGAAUCGAAAACCAAAUUGCUAAAUUCAACUAAAAUUGCCAAGUUGUGGUUAGCAUUCUUAGAGAAUUGGUCACAUAUAUUUUUACAAUCUUGUACUAUUUCCAUUAAACAGAAUGUGGUUAUUCAAGUAUGAUCUGGCCUUGGUAUUAUGUCUUGAAAUUCCCUCUUCAAUUUUAAAACGUCUGACAUAGCUUCUUAUUUCUCCUUCAGAGAAUGGGAUCGUGGGCGUGAGAGGCGGAGUCGUGGGGAAUACAGGGACUAUGAUCGAAGUCGAAGAGAGAGGUUUUCCCCUCCGCGGCAUGAGCUUAGCCCACCACAAAAACGCAUGCGGAGGGAUUGGUGAGUUUAUAGGGGGAGAUAUGGAGUGCAUACGGUGAAUGAGAUAAGGAUGGCUUUUGAGCGGGUGAAAGUUUGAUACCAGUGAUGAUAUUUACCUUUAUUUUUUAAUUUAUAAUAUUGUAGGGAUGAUCACGGGAGUGACCCAUAUCACAGUGGUUACGAAAUGCCGUACUCUGGCACAGCGGGUGGGCCAAGUUAUGGUCCCCCUCAACCAUGGGCACAUCCAGAAAUGCACAUCAUGCAGCAUCAUGGGAUUCCUAUCCAGGCCAGGUAAAACCCAAACACACAUUGACUCUAGAAUUAAAUAUUAUUUGCAAUGGUUGAGUUUCUGUUUCUGGCUUGCUUGUAAUACACACAUUAUAUGGUUGUCAUCUCCAACAAUGGACUCUUUAAACUGACUGCUUGCUGGAAGCUGUGGAAUCACUAGUUGAUUUCUCCUUUAGAUUGGGAAACCUCCACGAGGUGGACCUUGGGACUCCGGCUCCUGUGAUGAAGACCUUUAAAGAGUUUCUUCUGUCCCUUGAAGACACGGUGGAUGAGACUGAGGCAGUGCGGCGCUAUAACGAUUACAAGAUGGAGUUCAGACGCCAGCAGAUGCAGGAAUUCUUUCUUGCUCAUAAGGACGAGGAGUGGUACGGAUCUCUCUUCCACUCUAAUCACGCUUCCUCCCCAUUCUUUAUAACUCUGGGCCUGCUAUCCUUUCUCUCCAUAUCCUUCAUAGCUAGCAUUUUUCUCGAUUCCCCUUCUUCUCAUCCUCCCGCUUUAUCUUAAUCGAUUUAUGUUCAAUGUGUUUUGUUUUGUGUUUAAUAUUUUUUUUUUCCUUGUUAACCAAAAACACACUUUUCUCCUUCUCCAAAGCCUCUCAAGGUUCAGGAAUCCACCUCCUGCUGCCAUUUUUACAUUUUUUAUUUUCAUUUUGUUUCGUGGUCGCGUUUUUUUCCGGUUCUAGUUAGUGAGGACUUUUGUUAUUUUCAUUAGUUUCCCAAUGUAUUAGGGCUCAGCUAGUUAGUGCGCGAUGGGGAAGAACCAUACUGGUUAAAAAAACACAUCACCCCAAAAUAAAAACAAAACCAUAGCCCGGUGGAAUUUGGUGAAACUAUAAAUAUAUUGUUCCAAGUCUACUGCUCGGUGCGGACCAGGUAACAUUUGGGAUGACAAUAUGCGAGCUACGGCACUGUGGAGGGUGGAGAGUGGGAUUGUAUCUGGAGGGUGGGGGUGGGUUAAGUGACUGACUUACACGUGGUUGUGGUUGAGGUUAUGACUCUACUAGCGUCCAUUUUUAAAACAGGUCUUGAAUGGGAAAAACUACUGUGACUAUUGCUUAAGCUGUGCUUGUAUUAGUAGUUUUUAAUUAAUCUCAGAUUAGUAGUUUGCAGUUUUUUUUUUUCAGUUUUUAGUUUAGUCUCUUUCCUGCUUGCUGACUUCUGUAUAAACAAUCUCAGCAGAAGAGAUAAAAAUUGUAGUUUUUGUAGUGUAAUUGCUGAAAGGGAACGAGCCACAUAAUCAGGAAAUAUUAUACAUCGUUACCUUGUGUGUGCCAGAUGUAUUGGCUUCAUUGUAGUGUUCCUUUAAACAGAUAAAGGACAACGGUCACCUCAAAAAUAUUUCAAUAUACUAAUCAUUUCAUCAAGUUUUGGAAAGAAACUUUUGUUUUUAAAAUUAAAUAUAUGUAUAAAAAAAAUGAGAAUUUCAUCCCUACCAAUAGUACAUGACAGAUUCACUCAGCUAUAUACAUACACCCUGGGUUGGACAGUGUAAACAGACAGUCUCGGUGGUCUUCCCUGCUUCAACCCUUACACAGAGAUAUACUUCAUUAAAUAACAUUUACUUUCAAUAAUUAAUGAAAGGAUUAUUAUAUAAAGACAUUUUAUUUUUGUUGAGGUGACCGUUAAUUUCAUAACGCCUGUGUAAAUGCUGUGAUUGGUAUGAACGAGUAACUGGGUGUGGGGGAUAUUAAUAGAUCAUUGGAGGUUUCUUUUAUAAAGUAUUAAGCAGUUUUGCAGAUUUAAGUCCCAGGUUUAUUCUUUCAGCCAGCACCAUAGAGAGGGACAUGCAGUCUUAAUGGCGCCUCAUACCACCUUGAUUCUUCUCUAUGGUGUCCUGUCUGCUAUGGCAAGAGCUCAAUGUUGAUUAAAACAUCCCUUCUAUUAAACUACAGCAAAAACUGCUAUCUGAAAAGACAUAUAAUGCUAAUCAGCUAUCCAUGGCCCCUGCAAGUGCUCUAUCUGGGGGCAAACUAGGCUUUUUAUGGAUUUUAACACCUGGUCCUGCUAGAUAUCACUUGGAGGCUGUCUGGAUGGGAUGUUUACAUUAUAAACAGGUGAACGUUCGAGCUGCCUUUCUGUUAAAUGCCCUUGUUUUACCUGCAGCUUUAUAACAGGGAUCUGGCUUAGAAGGAGUUAAUGGCGAGCACAGUUAAAGAAUAGGGACAACAAUAUAUUGGGCUCUGGGUGUUUUAAUAGGCCAGACUGGCUGGAGACUAAGUCAGGCGUUUAUAAUUAUUCCCUAUGAGAUUAUUCUCGUUCUACGAUCUCAUUGUCUUUUCUUCUGCCUGGUUUUUGUCCCUCCUGCUGUAUUCCAGGUUUCGCUCUAAAUACCAUCCUGAUGAGGUGGGACGUCAUAAGCAGGAGUGUCAGGCUGCACUCCGCAACAGAUUUGACGCAUUCAUGUACCUUAUGGAGAAUAGCUGGUUGGAUGAUAUCCAGCUAGAUAUGGACAAGGCACCUGCCAUCAUCAAGGUGCUGGAUGCAGGUAUGAGCUACUAAUGGUUCAAAACUUAGAUCAACAUACACAGUGCGUAUCCUGGUGGAAUGGGAAUUUCCUCACCCAAUUCCCACUAUCUUUCCACAGCUGUUAUAAAAAUGGAGGGAGGUAACGAAAUUGACCUGAAGAUCUUGGAUGAGGAGGAAGAGCAGGCAAAGAGAGAGGCUGCAAAGAAGGAGGCAGCGCGACACUUAGAAGUGGAGAAGAAAGCAACCGAUGAGAAGGAAGUGCUCCCCAAGGUGAUUAGGGCAGGGAUUGGGGCAUAGUGCUAAUCCAUUUGUAAGUGUAGGAAUUAGUGUCUGUUAUGGUGCAGACAAGAAAGACAUAUAACACCAGUUAUUUGGAUCCCUCAUUAUAUGUUACAGGCUGAAAAAGAGGAGAAGGAGGGGGCCGAGGAGAAACCACCAAAACCCGAAGAGGAGGAGGAAGAGCGAAAAGUAGAAAAGGAGGAGCCUGAAGGAGAAACCAGGAAGGUUUGUCAAACCGUUACAAUUGUGACUUUCUAGAUCAGUGUGUGCUGCCCAGGGAUCCUAGUGUCUUCUAGUAGGCCUGGUUAGCUUUAGCCUCUGUGAUGACAUGGUUCAAUGGUGCUUUAUUCUGGGUUUACUUUGUGUCCCUUGUACAAGAGAUAUUACGGUUAUACAUUAUGAUACAAUUAUAUGUGACCAGAUGUAUUAUUUAUGGUGGAUAUUUAUUUUAGCCAAGUAAAAGAAAGCGAAAACGAAGUGGAGAUAGUGAUGAUGGCAGCGAUUCCGAAUCAGGAUCCGAGAGUGCAAGUCCCAAGCCAGAAACUCCUGGUCAAAAUGGAAGGCGUAAGUCAGUUUAUUGUUAAAAACAAUCCCGGUGAAUAUUUCUGAGAAUUCCAUACAAUAUAUGUAAUACACAGUGUGACUCUCACCCUGUGUAUACCAGCUGUAUUUUUAACUAAUGCUUUAAAGAGACACUUGCUUGUUAAACUGCAAUAACUACCUUUGGGGGUUAAUUCCAACUUGAGUGGAAGUCUACCAGACACCCACUAGAGGGACUUCCGGGUGCUUAGGUGACUUUGGUCGCCAAUGUGACACAGGACGUCUUUACGCUUUGCAUGAGGACAUCCGGCAUCACCCAAAACCCAUUUUGAAAGCAUGAUACAACUCUUUCCCAUGAAGAGGUCCUAAUACGAGCACCGCCAUUGCCGUGCAUUUACAAUAAGUGUGUGUGUGUGUGUGUGUGUGUGUGUGUCCCACCUGCCAGCUGGUAUAAAAGGAGAUGUGGAGGCGAAUUAGGUGUCAGAAGGGGGGCCGCUAUAGGGAGCUUAUAGUGCUAGAAAAACAACUUUAUGCUCUAUAGUUUAAGGAUGUUUGCUAAAUUAUUUCUGCAUUUGUUUUUUUUGUGUUUUUUUAGAGGAAGGAACCCCAAUAAAGGACGAAGAUGCUGAAAAACCUAAAGAGAAGCCAAAAGAGGACACCGUGAAACCGAGGCCGCUGCAUAAAACGCUGUCUCUCUUUAUGCGAAGCAUUGCCCCAAACAUCUCCAAGGCAGAGAUCACCUCGGUGAGAUACCUCCUCUCAUAGCCAUCACUGUCGCUUUGAAUAUGUUUUCACUGCUGCUACAAUGAGAUGACUCUGUUUCAUUUUACUGUGACAUUUCACUCUCCUCUCAUCCCUCCUUCCAUGUCUGGACCAUUCGUCCGGUAUUUUUUAUUCCCAACCAUUCCAGCAGUUAAAACCUGCUGAGUGUGCCAUUCCAGCUUCCUCUGUAUCUCACACAGUUUUUUUUGUUUUUUUGCUUGGUUUUUAUCAGCUUUGCAAGAGAUAUCCCGGAUUCCUGAGGGUGGCACUUUCCGAUCCCCAGCCUGAGAGGAGGUGAGAAAAUGAAAUAGUUGUGACUUUUAAAAAUAAAUCUGCUCUAGAGAUGAGAAGGUGCAGUAAGAGCCUGGUUCUGCUGCUCCGUAACCGGUUUAAUUCAGAAUGAAAGUACUGUACAGAGGGACCACCUAGUGUACAUUUUAGGAACAAAUCAUACAGUGUGUUAUGGCAGUCACUGCUAACCUCUGUGCCCAGGAUGUUUGAGGCCUUAUGGGACAUGUAGUACAGAAACAUCUUUGUUACUAGGGUUAGCCAUUACUGCACACUCUGGUAAAGGGGUUGAUACCCCAAGUCACAUUUCGUGGUUACUAGGAUCAGUUUGCUUUCUGUGUGUUAGCCUUGUUUAUUGAAGCGGAGUAAAAUCCCUGCUUCUCCAUUAAAAACUGCAGAUCUCGUGUGCUGCCUUUACAAGCCCUCCCAUUCUAACCCUGCCCAGCCUGUAUGUGGCUGUUCAAUCACAAACUUCCUCAGUAAGAAGUCUUUGCAAGGCAGGUGUUCUGGGCAAAAGCUGCCUCUUGAGUUCAGUGCAAAUAAGCUAACAAAACCUGUUGCCUGCUUGAAAAGCCAGAGGGGCGUAACCAGGUUAAUUUACAAGAGUAAAUAUCUGAAAUCCUGCACUAUUUCCAAAAUGUAAAAAAUAGGUUCCCUAAUGUGCAGCCAUUUUUACGUAUGUCAAGACACUGCUAAUGGACACAAAUUAUUUUAACUAUGCAGGUCCAAAAGAAUUGUUUGAUCAAACACUUGAAAAAAAAUUUUUUUUUUGCAGGUUUCUCCGUCGGUGUUGGGUGACAUUUGAUCGAACUGUUAAUAUUAAGGAGAUCUGUUGGAACCUUCAGAAUAUUCGGGUAUAAAGAACAUUUUAUCUUAUAUCUCUUUUGUUUUUCCUCCUCCCUCUGGUCUAUAACUUAGUUUUCUCUUUUGCAGCUUCGUGAGUGUGAGUUGAGUCCAGGAGUAAAUCGGGAACUCUCAUGGCGUGUUCGCAACAUUAGUGGUCUGUCUCAGCACCGACCUGUACAGCGCAAUGACAUCAAACUGGCUGCAAAGCUCAUUCACGUCCUGGAUGAGAGGGGGCAGGUCUGGAGUGCAUCCCAGGAAGGAGGAGAGGUAGAAAAAAUGUCAGCCUUUAGUGAUUUUGGAGGUUUACUCUUGCCUUUUAUUAAGCAACUUUGUUCUUUUCUUCCCCCACAAUAGGCUGAUGGGCAGAAUCCCAUUCUAAAAAACAUCACCGAUUACCUUAUCGAUGAGGUCAAUGCUGAAGAGGAAGAGCUUUUAUGGGGAACUGGAAGGACUCCUGAAUCUGAAGCCCCAAAAGAAGGAAACCCCACAGAGAUUGUUGUUGAAAGAGAUGAGAAACUUGUCAAGGUUUGUGGAAACGUCUGUGCGGUGUAUACGUGGCGUAGUGUGAGAGAGAGGGAAAAUGUGCUAGUCUCUGAGCUCUCCUCAGCUGUAAAAUCAUGCCCUAUUGCUCUGUAUUGUACCUCCCAGGUCCUGGAUAAACUCUUACUUUACCUCCGCAUUGUGCACUCUGUGGACUAUUAUAACACCUGUGAAUAUCCCAAUGAGGAUGAAAUGCCCACACGCUGUGGAAUCAUGCAUGUACGAGGGCCGGUGCCUCCCAAUCGUGUCUCACAUGGAGAAGGUAAUUGGUUUACGGUCUUCCUUUUCAUAUGGAAACUUGGGAUAGUAAUAUGGAGGAACCAAGAAUUUGUUCUUACUGUCUUUUAUUUACAGUUUGCUGUUUUUUUUUUUGUUUUUUUGUCAGUGGCUGAGUGGCAGAAGAACAUGGAGGAGAAGCUGGCACCACUGUUUGCAAUACGUGAGACCCUCUCUGAGGAAGAAGCAGUCAAAAUGGGCAAGAAAGACCCUGAACAGGAAGUGGAGAAGUUUGUAAUGGCAAACACGCAGGAGUUGGGCAAGGAGAAGUGGCUUUGCCCUUUGAGUGGAAAGAAGUUCAAGGUCAGGACAUUACUAGGGAGCAAGGCAACGUGUUAAAGGAAAUUUUUUUUUUUUAAUGUUCAUUUCUCUAUUAACAUGUUUGGGCAGUGCAAAGAUCUGACCCAAAGGAGUCUGCUGCAGGCGGGACGUUUUAAAUACUGAUGCCAGCAUGUGCUGGAACUAUAGCUCCAUGGUUGGCAGUUAACACUCAUAACCAUAACAAAUACAGACUGCUUUUAGAACACUAUAGAAUCCCUUUAAGUGAAGAUUUAGAAACCUGAAUGUGUAUGAGUAACUCUUUGUUUGUUUGACAGGGUCCUGAAUUUGUGCGCAAACACAUCUUUAACAAGCAUGCUGAAAAAAUAGAGGAAGUUAAAAAGGAGGUUGUGUUCUUCAAUAACUUCUUAAUGGAUAGCAAGAGGCCUGCACUUCCAGAGGUCAAACCUGUCCAGCCACCAGUGGCUACCACUGCUCAAGGUAAGGUCACGAGUCCUUCUGACAGUUCAUGUUGUCUUGUGUCAACACCAUAAGUCUCAAGACAGAGUUGCCUAUUUACAGAUUUUUAUUUUUUUUUAAUUUUUUUUUAGCUUUGGCGCCCAGUCUUCUUUAUCCCCAUCAGGGACAUCAAGCACUCUUACAGUAUGGCCAGCCGCGACCCCCUGUCCUGGGCUAUGGUGGUAAGUAUGAGAUUGUUUGUUCCAGAAGUACUGUUUGUAGAUUGUGUGAAAUGUUGCAUGGUACCAAGAACAGUCUCUUCCUACAGCAGGUCCUCAGUUUUCACCUGCUCCAUACGGUGCUGGCCGUGGUGCUUAUGAUGCUUUCAGAGGUCAGGCAGGUGUGUACCCAGGAAAGCCACGCAACAGGUGAGUACAUGUGGCCUAAUUUGUUUUGGAACAAAUAGUUUCCCGUUAUCUCUUCCCUCAUGUUUUCUUUACUCUCCUUGCAGGAUGAUCCGAGGCGAUCCCCGCUCCAUUAUUGAAUACCGAGACCUUGAUGCCCCCGAUGAUGUAGAUUUCUUUUAACUGCAAGUCUUUAUUUUAGCUGUUUAUGGUCGUUACAUGUCCCUCCCCAUCCCACCUAAUGUUAUACCCAGAACCUAUCCCAUUCUCUGGUUACUUUUAUAUUUUUUCAGGAUGCCUGAGAUUUGUGUUUUUUUCUUUUUUUUUUUUUUCUUUUUCAAUAAACAGAUUACCAGAGCA